AUGAACGUCAACGUUAAGGCUCUCGAGUCAAAUGUCAUACUGCACAAAAUUCGAGUGUCAUUUUUCUUGAUUUGCAACUCGUCAAAGCACAGAAAGCAGGCACCAACGGUCGCAGGAAAACACCCACUCUCUCAGUUUCUGUUGUCAAGACAGAAUCCCACUCUCUUUCACACACACGCAAAAAGGAGUCUAUUCAUAUCUAUCUAUCUAUCUAUCUACCUAUCUAUCUAUCUAUCUAUCUAUCUAUCUAUCUAUCUAUCUAUCUGUCAUUCAGUGCAAGGGUUGAUCAGCCGCUAUCAGAAUAAUUUUUCAAAAUUCUUUUAUCUAUCUAUCUAUCUAUCUAUCUAUCUAUCUAUCUAUCUAUCUAUCUAUCUAUCUAUCUAUCUAUCAGACAGACAGAUAGGGAGAGCGAUAGUUUAUGGUCUUAUUAAUAUCUAUCUAUCUAUCUAUCUAUCUAUCUAUCUAUCUAUCUAUCUGAAUCACGGUUUCUUAUUUCUAUCUAUCUAUCUAUCUAUCUAUCUAUCUAUCUAUCUAUCUAUCUAUUGCCAUAUGUUUACUAUUCUAUCACUAAGCUCCCAUCGCAUUAAUCUUUAUUCCUGGUCGCCUUUUCUUUCAUUUAUUACCUCUUCCUCCUCCUUCCACUCUUCUUCUUCUUCUUCUUCUUCUUCUUCUUCUUCUUCUUCUUCUUCAGAUGAUGAUGAUGAUGAUGAUGAUGAUGAUACAAUAAUGAUGAAAAAAUAA